CGCGCCGCCGCCGUCUCGCCUCGUGCUCCUUACCUCCCGCUCUCUACGCCCUCCGCGAUGGACUCGCCUGCGACUGCCGACUUCUCCUCCUCCCCGCCAAAGCGCACGAAGAUCGUGCUUCUCGGCGACCAGAGCGUCGGGAAGACGAGCUUGAUUACUAGGUUUAUGUACGACACGUUCGACAACACGUACCAGGCGACCAUCGGCAUAGACUUUUUGAGCAAGACUAUGUAUCUGGAGGACCGAACCGUACGAUUGCAGCUAUGGGAUACUGCAGGCCAGGAACGAUUCCGGUCGCUCAUCCCAUCCUACAUACGUGAUUCCUCUGUCGCCAUAGUCGUGUUUGACAUCACAAAUCGCCAAUCCUUCCUGUCCACGUCAAAAUGGAUAGACGAUGUACGGUCAGAGCGAGGGAACGACGUGAUUAUCGUCCUUGUUGGCAAUAAGGCCGACCUUUCCGACAAGCGACAAGUCACGCUGGAGGAGGCGACCGCGAAGGCGCAGCAGCUGAACAUUAUGUUCAUGGAGACAUCGGCGAAGGCGGGGCACAACGUGAAGAGCUUGUUCAAGAAGAUCGCCAUGUCCUUGCCUGGAAUGGACAAGGAAGGCCAAUCAGACGCAAACACCAAGAUCGAUGUGUCGACAGCCCAGACGGGGGAAGUACCGGAAGCGUCGCAAUGCCAGUGCUGAGCUUUAGUAGUCUCGGUGUCGGCGUGUACUCCCCUUCUUCUCUGUGGAUACCUUUCUUCUUUUGCUUUGCAUCCGGAGUUCACCUUCUCGUUAAUACAUUCAUUUGCUCCUCUCA